AUGGUCUCCCUUCCAGUUGCUGCUGUUCUCCUUGGGCUCUUGACCAGAUUCUUACCUGUGGCUGAAGCGGCGGAAGCACGAGGAGUUAAAGAACUUUCGUUCAGUCAACCACAAAUCGAUGAGGAAUUCAAGAUCCAUUUCAACUUCAUUCAAUGGGCUGCUAUGUCAGAUGGUAGUGAUCCAACACAUGGCUUCUGUCACUGGAAUCUGUCGUGUUGGGCCACUUCGGACGCGACCUAUAUAGGUACAGCAGAAUGGACUAUACAUGAUAGCGUAGAUGAACCUAUCACUGGUACCAAAACUAGCCCAGGUAGGGUUUGGUGCGAUAACGGUGAUUGCGGAGGCAAAGUUUGCCCAAACAUCGACACGGAUACUCCUUGA